GAUUUCUACUUUAUCAGUGUUGAAAGCCACGUGCGAAGGCCAGUAUUUGUUUAUCCGAGAGUUUCCGGUUCUCCCAAAGUUUAUCGCCCUCAUAAAACAAAAAUUCAUUGAGCUUAAAAAUGUUCAAAUUCGGAUUUUCCGACGAUCAUUCAACCCAAGACGCGGGAAACAACGAGAGCGCGAAACUCGAUUGGUUCCCGGCCGAGGAAAUUCAAAUAUCGGACGAAGAAAUUUCCAAAUUCCCGGAGGCAGAUGAGAGGAUUAAUGCGACAUUCGGUGAUGUUCACUUGAAGCUCAUACGUUCGGAUAAUGUGGCCUUCAAUCUCUACAGUGACGAACAUGAAAAUAUUAUCAAAGCUGAAACGCAACAUUCGGAUUUACUUCCCGCAAUUUAUGAAGGUGGUUUAAAAAUCUGGGAAUGCACGAAUGAUUUGAGUCAGUAUUUAAUCGCUCAACAAAUCGAUUUGAAGAGCAAAAAAGUCCUCGAUCUAGGAUGCGGUGCAGGUGUUCUUGGGAUCAUCACUUUAUUGAAAGGAGCUGUCGUUGAUUUUCAGGAUUACAAUUCCGAGGUGAUUCAUCUAGUGACGAUUCCAAACGUUCUACUAAAUUCCACAGCUCAAGAGUCACUUGAGAAAAAGUGCAAGUUUUUUUCCGGAGAUUGGGCGGCUUUUACGGAUUUAUUUUCCGAGAAGUCUUCGCGUGAUGGAAAGUACGAUGUGAUAGUGAGCAGCGAGACUAUUUAUAAUUCCGACAAUCAUGAGAAGCUGUAUCAAGUGUUCAAGAAGUGUCUGAAAGCGGAUGGGGUCGGGUAUGUAGCUGGAAAAACUUACUACUUCGGAGUUGGUGGAGGCAUGCGUCAGUUUGAGACUUUAGUCUCUCAAGAUGGUGAAUUUGUUGCUGAAACUGUCUGGACCAGUGAACAGGGCCUACAACGAGAGAUACUGAAGUUAACGAGACUGAAGCAAUGACUGCUGGUUAUGGGCCGUACAAAUAAAUAAAUUUAACUAAUAACAAAUAUUCACUAAAUGAACAUUAGAGUCAAGGAGAGAGUCUCUCAAAGACCCA